UCAUAUAUAUUAUAUUAAGUAAUUAUCCUUUACUUUGUAUUCAGUUUUAUCAGUUACAAAAAGCCCGACUUUUAUCUCCCUUUUAUUUGAAUUUCGAUUUUACUCCCAUCUCCAAUGCGAAAUUUUCCCCAUAUCCCAUUUCUUGCAAGAUGUAAAUAUAUCGUUAUCGGUUUUGCGGUUGUUUACAUCAACAACAAAAACAAAAGAAUUAUUUAUUGGACUUAAUAUUAAUAUUAAUAUAGUAUGGUGGUAUGUGGAAUCAUACUGGAAAGAAGCAAUUAUCAGGAGAUUUUUUUAAGCUGCUCGCAAUGCGUGAACUUGAAGGUGGAAAUGAGAAUCGAGCAGUGGCAGGAGUUUAUUGGCCAUUUAAAAAGCGCUCACUCGGAUAAAAAUGUUUUGGAUGACAUAGACAUGGUCCAGGGUGAAAUAAAGGUGGAAAAUCAGAGAGUAGAGGUAGAGGCACAAUCUGAGGUAGACUGUUUGGCUGAAGUUGAUUUGGUGGAUUUGCCCAAUUCGGAUAACGACUCUACAUCCGGCGAAAGUAAUGAUGAUGACUUCCAAGAUGAAGAUGUGGAGGACUGUGAAGGAAUGACGACUAGGGAAAGUAAUAGGUCCGGACGAACAGCGACAUCUGAUUUGCCUCCCACAGUCAAGUUUAAUCCCACUUUCUAUCGCCGUAAUCCACGCAUCACACAAUUUAUUGAACUUUAUCAAGGUCAUCCAUGCCUUUGGGAUCCCAAAGAUCCUUGCUAUGCGAACAAAGAGAAACGCUCAGACGCUUAUGCCGCUAUUAUUGAGCAACUCAAGAUCUCAGUUAAUGUCCAAUUAACGCCAUACAAGCUUAAGAAGUGCAUAUUAACUUUGCAUAGUCAAUAUGCAUCCAUCACCAGGCAAAAAAAGACACAAAAGCUUAGCAAGGUUCCCCUGUAUUAUCAUGAAAAAUAUAGAUUUUUAGCCAAAAAGAAUGAAGCAGGCAAGGGUCAAGGCGAAGAAGUGGCUAUCCAUUCCAGUGAUGAGGAAAGCAGAGAUGAUAAGAUUAAGCUAAUUUUUACGGAAACUAAUUCCUUGACCACACGAUUUAUUGAAUUGUAUUCACGUUUUGCUGAGCUGUACGAUCCUACACAGAAAAAUUUUGCUUUGUUAGAGCAUCGCAAAAUGGCCUAUACAAAGAUGACAAAAAUCCUUACAGCUGAAUUUAACUUAAUCGACUUAACCCACUACGAUGUAUACGAUAGCAUUCAGGCACUACGACAGUGGUAUUCACGUCGUAUCAAGGGCCUUACCGAACUCCAAAGUGUCGGAUUGGUCGAUGCUGAAAAACAUUACAUAGACAAGUGUAGCAGUUUCUUGACCACCAAAACAUUUCGCCUUCAGUUACCGUGCUCGGAGUGCCAACAGUACUUCAGCAAUGAUCACUCCCUGCAAGCUCAUCAGUAUCGAGUUCAUAAGUUAGGAAAAGGUGGUUGGUUUUGGUGCCCGCAGUGUAGGAUGAAUUUCGAGCGACGUUGUCACUUGCGACAGCACAAUCAACGCGUACAUAUGGGCAAAAGCUUUUCAUGCUCUCAGUGCCAGCGUAGUUUUGCAUUUGCCAAUCAAUUAAAUCUCCAUCAGCGUACACACGACGAGCAGCAUGUGGAAAAACCUUUCGUUUGCGAGUUUUGUGGUAAAUCCUUCAAGCAGAAAAUCCAAAUGAACAAUCAUGUCACGGCUGUACACACCAAAAUAAGAGCGUUCAAAUGCCAAAUGUGUCCCAAAGAUUUUCUAACGAAGCGAGAUCUGUCCGAUCAUGUAAAGGCGCAUUUAAAUAUUCGAGAUAAAGUCUGUGAGAUCUGCCAGAAGGCUUUUUGUAGUGCAAAUGCUUUAGUGAAGCAUCGUCAUAUCCACAGAGAGAAGACACUUGAAUGUAGUUUGUGUCCUACACGUUUUGCCGAUCGGGUUUCGCUUCACGUCCACCUUAAGCGCACGCAUAAAAUUAUUAAGAGUACAUUGAAAGUAAAGGCUGAAAAAACGGAAACUGUCCCGCAGCAAAAAGAUCAGAAUAAAUAGAGCCACCAAUAGUGUCUUGCUUGUAGAAGA